AACCAUACGAUUAUGUCUAUUUAUUCUUUAAGUUAUUUAACACCGUACCCAUAUUUCUUCUCGCUGGUAUAAAGCGCCGAAGCUAACUCUCAAGUACGGAGAGUGCCCUAGAAACAAGAUUCGGUUUUCCGGUAUCUAGGUCCAGACCUUCCCGGUAAACCGAUGUUUUGUUUCUUUGCGCUCCGUAUAUAAAGUUGUUUGGAAUGCCGAAGAAGAAAAUUAAAAUGUUCCAAGACAAGCCCUUCAUGCACAAAUUGCGUCAAGGCCGGACGAGACUGUCUUUAUAUAGGACCACGAUUAGACGAAGCAAGUCAAAUGCGCCUGGCCGAAAUUAAGGAGAAGCAAGGAACUCUUGAGCGAGAACUUGAGCGGAAUGUUGCGAAGUCUACAACUUCGAAGAACACGCUACAACAGCGCAUCCUGGCCGAUGAUAUUGCAGGCGACUUUGACGAGGAACGCGAUUUAGAGGCCACACCCCUCGCGGCAUUAGACAUGACAUACGAGGACGAUGUCGACGGGGCGGGCGAUAUGAUAGAUCUCGGAAUCCAGAUAGGGAAAAUGCGCAUUACCGAAAGGAUAGGUGGACUAUCGCGACCUAGAAUAUCAGAAGAGAUAGCAGCAGGCUUAUCGGGGGUGCAGCCUCCAGGUUUACAACCUCCAAACGGAGGCCAGACACCAGGAAUUGAAGACUUGCCCGAAUUCCUUAAACCAGGAGAUCAAUACAUAGUGCCGACUAGUGGAUUCUUCUUUGGUCAAAUAGGGGAACCGCCGACCAUACUCCAAUUCUUGCCUCCUAGGUCCGUCGCAGAUUGGUUGAUGAAGAAAUACUUCAUUGCCGUCCACCCAAUUGCUCCCUGUGCCCACCGGCCAUCUUUGGAGGCUAUCUACGCGACUUUCUGGGAAGAGAUAAACGCAGGUUUUGAACCUAGGCCUUCGAUGCAAGCUAUCAUUUUCGGGGCCAUGUUUAGUGGCGCUGUUAGCAUAGAUGAGAAUGCAGUCUUUCCCGAGUCAACUGGAUACUCGAGAGCGUAUUGGGUUACCACCCUUAAGCUAGGCACCGAAAGCGCUUUAAGCAAGGCAAACUUUCUGCGGACUACUAAGGUGGAAACGAUGCAGGCUUUUAUUAUAUAUAUGAUUCCCUUAUGCAGAGGUGAGGUUUCGAGAGCCCAUUCCGUACUUGUUGGUGCUGCGGUACGAAUGGCUGAGUGCAUGGGCUUGCACCGUGAUGGAGAUGCAUAUGGUCUCACGCCCCUCGAAACGCACGUUCGUCGUUUGAUCUGGCACCAGCUAUGCUUCCUCGACAUUCGGACUUGCGAAGCUCAGGGACCUAGGCCGGUUAUCAGACGAGAUGACUAUGACACAAAGUUACCUAUAAAUUGUGACGAAGAUGAACUUACGCAUGCAACCGCACCACCCGAAUCUUCAGACGAAUGGACUACUAAUACACUUCCCUUAAUCCGGUUUGAGAUUAACGAGAUGAUGCGCACUAUAUGGAUCGAUAGACGGAGGCUUGAGACUCACCGGACCACGCUAACAGCCGUGCUCACCAAAAUCGAAAAUUUCCGUAGGAAAAUGUCAGAAAAAUAUGAUCACCUCCUAGAUGUUACCCAACCUAUACAAAGAUAUGCCAAAUGUGUCAUGUAUCUAUUGACAUAUCGCCUACACGUCAUGGUCCUUCACCCUUACCACUCUAACGCUGCUAACCCUAUGCCCCCGCGGCUGAACCAACUCCUCAUCACCUCCGGCAUUAUGAUCGUCGAACUUGCGAUCCAACUCGAAACCAAUCCAAAUUUUCAUGAAUGGGCAUGGUACCUGGGUGCUUUCUUCCAAUAUCAGGUAGCGCUAUUGCUGGCAACGGAAGUUUACUUCCGCCCACAGACUCGCGAGGCAGACCGGAUAUGGACAUGCUUAGAUUAUGUUUUCAGCAUGGAUCGUAGGCUUCCACCUGAAGCCAAGGCCAUACAACUUCUAUCCGAAAUACAGGGAAAGACGGCGGUAUAUAUGCGCAUGCGGAAGAUGCGUGGGCCAACAAGUCUCUCGCGAGCCGCCCCAGGACACAAUGCACUUGCUGGGACCGGGAAGCCGGUCUCGGUGGUACAUAAUCAUACUCGACAACCACCCGUAGGAAUGGAUAUGCCGAAGGUUGAACCGGGGUAUACUCCUCCACUUCCGGCCGGUCCCCCAAUACCACAGCAGCAAAUGGUUUUUGCUGGCGUUUCUGACGGGCAAGCGUUGUGGAGCCUACCGCCGAGUCACUCAAGCCCGGGAAAUAGCGAUUCGUCGAAUACAGAUCAAGGGAGCCAGAGGGUUAUUAUGUCGGCCGUAAGGGGUGGAGUAGGGACGACCCAGGGUAGCGUCAUGGAUACCAUCGAUUGGGACACCAUCAACAACCUCUUUCCCAACGAUCCGCAAACGGGCGGGAUAAGCAUCCAUGGCUUCCAUGACCCUACUUUUACCAUCGCGAGUUGGUGCGGUUAAGGAGAUAAUAUAUAAAUCGUGUUUAUUCCAUUUUCAUCUCAACUCAAAAGAUUAGACGAUAUGAAGCAAUUCGCGAUGGAGACUUAAGGAUACUGUUUUUGUAUAUGAAUAGCAAGGUAUGAAGGAUAACGAGAUACGGAGAUAAAGGAACGUACCUAGUAUAUACCACGAUGAAAUUUUGGCAUUCAUUUAUUUUUACGUCCGUAUUAUUUACCUAC